GCAGCGGCAGGGCUUCACCGCUUUGCGGAUAUUACGUGCAGUGUUACUCAGCGUGUGGUGAAAAACUUGUGGGGGAAAAAGUUUCAGAGUAGUCGAUUUAUUUCUUUGCACAGGAGAAACCCAGAAGGCCCACCAUGUCUGCCCAAAUCAUCAGCGGAAAAGAAGUCUCAGCCCAGGUGCGAGAGAGGCUGAAGAAGGACGUGGAAGAAAUGAAGGCUCAAGACCCAAACUUCCGGCCAGGCUUGGUGGUGUUACAGGUUGGAAACAGAGAAGACUCCAACCUGUACAUCAGCAUGAAGCUGAAAGCUGCUGCUGAGAUUGGAAUCAAUGCAACGCACACAAGGCUUCCACAGACUGCUACUGAAGAAGAGGUCCUGCAGUGCAUCACAGAGGUCAAUGAAAACUCAAGUGUGCAUGGACUCAUAGUGCAGCUGCCUUUGGACUCCAUUCACCGCAUGGACACUGAGAAGGUCACCAACGCUGUGGCUCCAGAGAAGGAUGUAGAUGGUUUGACUAGCAUUAAUGCAGGGAAACUGGCCCGAGGUGACCUUGGAGACUGCUUCAUUCCCUGCACUCCCAAUGGCUGUAUGGAGCUCAUUAAACAGUCAGGUAUAUCUGUGGCAGGAAAAAGAGCCGUUGUGGUCGGCCGCAGUAAGAUUGUUGGUGCACCGAUGCAUGACCUCCUGCUCUGGAAUCAUGCCACUGUUACUACCUGUCACUCAAAAACCGCUGACCUGGCAGCUGAGAUAGGAAAGGCAGAUAUCCUGGUGACUGGGAUUGGAAAAGCAGAGAUGGUAAAGGGCGAGUGGGUGAAGAAGGGUGCUGUGGUCAUUGACUGUGGCAUCAACCAUGUUCCAGACAGCACCAAGCCAAGUGGGAAGCGGGUCGUAGGUGAUGUUCACUUUGCCACUGCCAAGGAGCAAGCAGCCUUCAUCACCCCUGUGCCGGGUGGAGUCGGCCCCAUGACCGUCGCCAUGCUCAUGCAGAAUACCGUAUUGAGCGCCAAGCGUUUCCUCCAAACACAUGAACCAGGCAAAUGGAACAUCUCUUACACCAAGCUCAACUUGCAGAGACCUGUUCCCAGUGAUAUCGUUAUUUCCCGCUCCGGUAUACCAAAGCCCAUUGAUCGUCUGGCCAGAGAGAUCGGCCUUCUCUCUGAUGAAGUUGAGCUCUAUGGCAAGACCAAAGCCAAAGUCCAGUUGCAAACUAUUGAUCGAUUAAAGUCCCAGGCUGAUGGCAAAUACGUGGUUGUUACUGGGAUCACUCCUACACCUCUGGGUGAGGGGAAAAGUACCACUACAAUAGGUUUAGUGCAGGCUCUCGGUGCUCACCUUAAUCGCAACGUAUUUGCCUGCGUGCGCCAGCCCUCUCAAGGCCCGACCUUCGGCAUCAAAGGUGGUGCAGCCGGAGGUGGCUAUUCUCAGGUUAUUCCCAUGGAAGAGUUUAAUCUUCAUCUCACUGGUGAUAUCCAUGCCAUCACUGCUGCAAAUAACCUGGUGGCUGCUGCUAUCGAUGCUCGGAUGUUUCAUGAAAACACUCAGUCUGAUAAGGCACUUUUUAACCGCCUGGUGCCAUUAAGUGGAGGCCAAAGAAAGUUUUCUCCUGUUCAGAUCAACCGACUUAAAAAACUUGGCAUUGAGAAAACUGAUCCAUCUGAACUGACUGAGGAAGAGAUCACUCGCUUUGCCAGGUUGGAUAUCGAGCCUGAAUCAAUCACCUGGCAAAGAGUGAUGGACACAAAUGACCGUUUCCUCCGGAAGAUUACCAUUGGCCAGAGUCCCACUGAGAAGGGCUAUACCAGAACAGCUCAGUUUGACAUCACUGUGGCCAGUGAGAUCAUGGCUGUGUUGGCUCUCACCAGCAGUCUGGAGGACAUGAGGCAGAGGCUGGCUAAAAUGGUGGUGGCAACCAGUCGCAGUGGCGAGCCGAUCACCACAGAAGACCUGGGUGUAUGUGGAGCAUUGACGGUGCUAAUGAAAGAUGCCAUCAAACCAAACCUCAUGCAGACGCUAGAGGGAAACCCUGUGUUUGUUCAUGCCGGCCCUUUCGCUAACAUCGCCCAUGGGAACUCCUCCAUCCUGGCUGAUAAAAUUGCUCUGAAGCUUGUAGGGCCUGAAGGAUUUGUAGUAACCGAGGCAGGCUUUGGAGCCGACAUCGGCAUGGAGAAGUUUUUCAACAUUAAGUGUCGUUACUCAGGUCUGCGGCCUCACGUGGUGGUGCUGGUGGCCACAGUGAGGGCGCUAAAGAUGCACGGAGGUGGACCAACAGUCACAGCUGGCAUGCCUCUCCCAAAGGAAUACAUAGAAGAGAACCUGGAGCUGGUGCAGAAAGGCUUCAGCAACCUGAUGAAGCAGAUUGAGAACGCCAGACACUUUGGUGUCCCAGUUGUUGUAGCGGUCAAUGCUUUCAAGACAGACACUGAUGCUGAAAUGCAGUUGAUCUGCGAGCUGGCUAAACAGGCAGGAGCCUUUGAUGCAGUUCCUUGCACUCACUGGGCAGAUGGGGGCGCUGGAGCCGUGGAGUUGGGAAAAGCUGUGCAGAAAGCUGCAGAAGAACCAAGCAACUUCAAAUUCCUCUACAACACUGAGUUGCCUGUUGUUGAUAAGAUCAGAAUAAUUGCACAGAAGAUUUAUGGAGCAGAUGAUAUCGAGCUCCUUCCAGAAGCCCAGCAUAAAGUGGAGCUAUACACCAAACAGGGUUUUGGCAAUCUGCCCAUCUGUAUGGCUAAGACUCAUCUGUCUCUUUCUCACGAUGCUGAUAAGAAGGGUGUGCCCACCGGCUUUGUCCUUCCUAUCCGUGAUAUUCGUGCAAGUGUUGGCGCUGGCUUUCUCUACCCGCUAGUUGGCACGAUGCCCACCAUACCAGGCCUCCCAACACGGCCCUGUUUCUACGACAUCGAUCUGGACCCAGUGACCGGAGAAAUUGCUGGACUUUUCUAGCGGAUGCUGAAUUCUAUCACUUUGAACCACACUUCUUAACUGGAUGCUCAUUAUGGUUUAAUUGCAGACAUGCGUCGAGCUAUAGCUAUUUUCUGAUUGUUUUACGUUUUUUAUGAAUGUUAAAUUCAUGUUAAAUGAUCUUCACUGUUGUUGCAUCUGUUCUGCUAUUGAGAGACAUUCUUAUAGCUGACCGACUCUGAGCCAACAAAAAAAAGCAUAUUUACAUUAUAAUAACUUCAGACACUGACACCUUCUAUCUAAUUGGAUUUUGUUAUUUGUAUGUGAUCUGUUAUUGCAGUGUAUAAUCACUUAAGCCCUUCUAACUGGCCCUGAUUUUUAUUUUAUGCACAAUUAUUAUUUGUAUUGUAUUAUUAGUGUUGAAAGCAUAAAAUGUACAAAUUUCACAAAAUAGCUUAAUAGCACACAUGCACCUGUUGUGCAGGACAGGAAAAUUAAUGAGCUUUCAUGACAUUUUUUUUUUUAAAUUGGUGGUCAAAUAUGGCAUUUAUCUUGCCAAUUUGGAGCGUUUUUUGUUUUAUUCAAAUCGUAAAUAAUGACCCUUAACAGUGUGUUUGAAAUAGCGUGAUGGAUUUCUUUUUUUAAGCAAAUCUGUUACAACAACACAGUUUAAUGUGAACAGGUAUUAUUACACAGCUCACACAAACAAUUUUUUAAAAGGCCUAAAGCAUUCCUUUGAUUUUGCACUACAUGAUAAAUAAUCCACUGUAUUAACUCUAUGUAACUGACAUCUUUAGAAAUGUACCUGCCCUGAAAAAUAGGACUUAAGUAGAUGCUCACACAUGAAUUAACAUACAUUAUGUAGAAAGAUUUGAAGACAAAGCUGAGGACUGUAAAACAACAACAAAAAAAGUAUAGUAUAAUUAAAAGAACUUAAAAACUGA